GUACUGAUACUGAAUGAUAUCUGCAUUGCGCAUAUCAUACUAUGAAUUUUGCACGUAGACUAUGUUAUAGAUAUUGUACCGUACCUAUAUAUUACCGUGGUUAGAGCUGCUUGAAUUUCAAUUUUACUCUAAAGUCUGUACUCAAUUUCAAUUUUGAUUUGGAAGUCAAAGUGACAUGUGGACUUGGGUGGGUUAUUUGAAAGGGAAGUUAGUUACCUACCUGCUCAAUUCAAAUUGGAUUCUGAUCAGGGUGCCGGCUGGCCUGUGGAAGUGCUCGUGAAGCUCCAUCACCAUGGGCGCCGUUCAGGCCAAGGCGGCGGCCAGUGAGGAUCUGACCCCGGCCGCCCACGAGGAGCGUUCCAUGCUGGAGCAGUUCAAAACCAUACAGGCUCGUGUGGACAAGGUGCACGUGGACGGCGUGGGUCGCACCAAGGAUGAUCUCGUGCAGGCCACCGUGCAGCCCAUGUUCGAGGCGGCCACACUCGAGGAUGUGAUCACACGCACGCACGAGGCACGCACCAGGCUGGAGCAGCUCGGCUGUUUCCGUUCUGUGGGCGUGUUUAUUGAUACCAGCCGCGGUCCGGAAGCUACCGAAAAGGGGCUGGAGGUAACGUUCGAGGUACAGGAGCUGCGUCGUAUCGUCGGAGGUAUCAACACGCUGGUCGGUCAGAACGAGGGCUCCCUGGUGCUCAGCUGCCGCCUGCCCAACCUGGCCGGACGCGGCGAGAAGCUACAGGGGGAGUACACCUACGGCACCAACAAGACCACCGGCGUCAAUCUGGCCUUCGUCAAGCCCUUCCACAACGCCGCCGGAACCACGUUGUCCACGUCAGUGUACCAGUCUGGAACGGACUUUCCGUGGUCGGGUUUCCGAGAAAUCGAUCGCGGCCUGCUACUGGAUCUCAGUUUCCGAUCCGCCACAGACGUGCUACACUCUCUGCGCUACGACGUAGCGUGGCGCGAGGUGGCCUGUCUGGACCGGGCCACGCCGUUCGAGGUGCGACUCGAGGCGGGCCACUCGCUGAAAUCGGCCGUCAAGCACAUCCUCACCGUCGACAAACGCGACUCGACCAUUUUCCCCACAGAGGGCGCGCUUAUCAGGCUGAACCAGGAGCUGGCGGGCCUGGGAGGUAACAUCGGCUUCCUGAAGCACGAGGCCGAGCUCCAGUACAAUCUGCCUCUUCCGCUCGACAUCACACUUCAAGGCGCCUUCUUUUGUGGCCACAUGAAGGCCAUGUAUCCGGAGAAGACGUACAACAUCAGCGACCGCUUCUUCUUGGGCGGACCACUGAACGUGCGCGGAUUCGAGAUGCGCGGCAUCGGACCCCAGUCGGACGGGUCCUUCACCGGUGCUGAUAUGUACUGGGCGGCCGCGUUCCACCUGUACACCCCGCUGCCGUUCCGACGCUCCAAGGGCGGCUUCGGGGAGCUCUUCCGAACGCACUUCUUCGUCAACACAGGCAACAUCGGCAACUUCAGACUCAGUGACGACAUCAGCAGGAAUGCCCAGAUCCUGGUCUCGGGCCUGCGGCUGGCCUACGGGAUCGGCGUGUCCAUGCGGCUGGGCGAGAUCGCGCGGCUCGAGCUCAACUACUGCGUGCCGACGCGCCUGCAGAAGGGCGACCGGCCCGUGCACGGGCUCCAGUUCGGCGUGGGCGUCUCGUUUCUGUAGCGGCGGCUGGCCGGCCGACGGCGGUCCCAGACAGCUGGUGAUGAUAUAUUCUGUGUUACGACGCGCGCGUGGGCUGCGCACGCGGACUCGGUCCAAUGCGGGACCUCCGCCCGGCCAGCUUUUGUGGUGAGGUUGUCACUGGUGCUGAAUAGUGAAUAUAUGAUGCGUUGGACGUUGUUUUAAAA